AUGAGAUCGUUGGGUCAGAACCCUUCCGAAAGUGAAUUGACCGACAUGAUUAACGAAGUUGAUAUCAACAGUGACGGAUCCAUUGACUUCCCUGAGUUUUUGACCAUGAUGGCCAGAAAGAUGAAGGACACAGAUUCUGAGGCUGAGAUUGCCGAAGCAUUCAAGGUUUUUGACAGAAACGGCGAUGGCAAAAUUAGUGCAACGGAAUUAAGACAUGUUUUGACCUCCAUUGGCGAGAAAUUGUCUGAUGCGGAUGUAGACCAAAUGAUCAGAGAAGCAGACACCAAUAACGAUGGUGAAAUCGACAUCAAGGAGUUUACACAGUUAUUGGCAGCGAAAUAG